AUGCCGUCGCAUCGCUAUCGCGUGUUUCUGCGAGCGGGUAUAUCGGAGGAGCAUAAAGAGGAUGUUUUGCGAAGCUUCUUCGAGAAGUUCGGGACCGUGAUCGACGUGUACGUGCCGCGCGAUCCGUUCACCGGCACGCUGAAAGGCAUCGCGUUCAUCUCGUUCGAAGAAGAGGAAGCCGUCAAAGCCGCGGUGGAAAACGACUCUUACGAGAUAUGCGGCGUGACCAUUCCCAUAACCAAAGCCGAACCUCGAGGACCGGAGCAGCCAUCCCGCCGCCGAGCUUACAACGACGACCGACCCUCCCACCGAGCCUCCGGCUACCCCCCGUCUUCCCUCGCCAUGGCAGCCGCAGCAGCACCCCGAGCCGCUCUAGGCUCGGAAGGCUUGGAUUACUACUCCGUCACUCCUCUAGUCACGUCUGGCGGCUAUGGUGCCGGACUAAGUUCGGGAUAUGGAGGCGGGUAUAUACUGUCGAAUGCUAUGGAGGGGUAUGGGCGCAGCGGAGGCGGGGGAGGAGGCGGAGGCGGAGGCGGAGGGGGAGGAUUUGAGGACGAGUUUCGGAUCUUUGUGGGGGGAGUGGCGGAGGAGAUCAGCGAGCAGGACGUUAAGGGGCAUUUUGAACAGUACGGCACGGUGGAGGACGUUUAUUUCCCCAAGGACGAAGCCUCAGGCUCUCGUCGUGGUUUCUGCUAUGUGCGCUUCAACUCCGUCGCUGCACUCUCUCCCUAUCCCCCCAUUCCCCCUCUCUCCUCCCCUGCCUGUCCCCACUUCCCCCUCACAGGGCCAUCUGCUGGCUCACGCUUUGAUCUCUUCUUGUUCAGCAGCCUGCAUCUGCCUCUUUCUGACUGUUUCUGGCUGCUUGCCUCUCUAUGUCUGUCUCGUUGCAUCCCUCGUAUGUACCGGCAUGGUAUGUAUCUUGAGCCUCGAGUCGAGUCCUCUGGCCCUCCCCCUCUCCUCCCCACUUUCCUUCUCAUCCCGUCUCCCUCCGUUGCCCUUAUCCACUCUCAUUUGUAUGAUCCUCCUCCUGUGACGCCUCCAUGCCCCCAUCUACAAUGCACAAUGCACCUACCAAUCGUAUACCACAUCCCCUCCCUCCCGACUCACUGCUCUCCUCCUCUCUCACUUGCUCUCCUCCUCUCUCACUUGCUCUCCUCCUCUCUCACUUGCUCUCCUCCUCUCUCACUUGCUCUCCUCCUCUCUCACUUGCUCUCCUCCUCUCUCACUUGCUCUCCUCCUCUCUCACUUGCUCUCCUCCUCUCUCACUUGCUCUCCUCCUCUCUCACUUGCUCUCCUCUCUCACUUGCUCUCCUCUCUCACUUGCUCUCCUCCUCUCUCACUUGCUCUCCUCCUCUCUCACUUGCUCUCCUCCUCUCUCACUUUCUCUCCUCCUCUCUCAAUUUCUCUCCUCCUAGCUGA